CGGGAUGGGGGAGGAGUGUAAGGAGAGCAUCCUUUGCAGACAACACAACGUGAGGCUUUCCCCCCGUUACCGGGCAAGGAUGAGCUCAUACGCGGCACAUACUUGAGUGUGGGAGAAGAGUAAACGGACAGCUUCACAGACUGAAGUCAACUGAAGUUCCAAAGAGGCGCAAAACAAGUUGCAAAGAAGCAGACCAAGUUCGGUAUAGUUGCAGUUGGCGUAUCAGCUGAAGCUUCUGAAAGAAACAAAAGAUGGCAAGCUUUAAAGGGCACGCACUUCCUGGAUUCUUUUUCUUAUUCUUUGGUUUAUGGUGGUCUGUGAAGUAUCCAUUAAAGUACUUCUGUCGAAGGAAAAAACACACAUCCUCCGUUCGUUCCAAAGCAGGAUUUCAGCGCUUAGAAUUUAGUGAGGCUGUCAUCAAAAUGGCGUUUGCCCUGAUUGGUAUGACAGCUGAGCAAUUUGUUCCUGAGGGACCUCAUCUGAAGCUGUAUAACUAUGAGAAGAAACAGUGGGAUCACCUGAGGAACUGGCAGCAUUCCACCAUGUAUUUCUUCUUUGCCCUCUCAGGGCUGGUGGAUAUUGUGGCUUAUAGCACUAAGGCAUUACCAGUGGCCUUGGACAGAAUGGUGCUUUCAUUAGCAGUUUUUGUGGAAGGGCUCGUAUUUUAUUACCAUAUCCACGGGCGAACCAUGUUGGACUUCCACGUUCAUCAGUUACUUUUAGUAGCCAUCUAUGGAGGUGCUGUCUGCCUAUUCAUAGAAGUUUUCUUCCGCGGCAUCCUUGUCCUUGAGAUGCUCCGAACAAGUCUUUGCCUACUGCAAGGGAGCUGGUUUUGGCAGAUUGGAUUUGUACUUUAUCCCCCAAGUGGGAGUUCAGAAUGGAAUCAAACAGACCACAAUAAUGUGAUGUUCCUCACAAUGUGCUUUUGCUGGCAUUAUGCAUUUGCACUUCUUAUAAUAGCAAUGAAUUAUACUAUAGUAAACUGGGUUGUUCGUUCAAAAAUGAAACGGGCCCCAACUGUUGAAAUUGGAUUGCUGAAAACAUCUGAGCGAGACCAGGAGUCAGAAGAUGAGAUCUAGCUUAGCACAACUAUUUUCUGAUGGUUGACCUUCUCCAGCUCUGCCUUCUGUUUCUGAUUGCCAUUGGGUUCAUUUCCCUUUAUCACUUAGGUUCACACAAUCAUCUGUGCAUACAUAUUUGUCAUGAAGUACUGUACCACCAAAUUUUAUUUUUGUAUCUAGUGUGUUUGCUAAGUAUUAAUUUAUAAAAAUGCCAUUAAUACAUAGUUUAUCUUGUGCUUGAAGUGGAAAGAAAAUAUUUUGCUAUUGGAUUGGCUAGGGGUGACAUUGUCAAGUUAAAAUCAAUCCAGGCCAUUAAUAGAUGAUGAGUCUACUCUUUCAUUGCUCUUGGGUAAACUGGGAAAUUUCCACACAUGGCAUUUAAAAACGACGACAGAACCCUACUGUAGCAAAACAACAAACAAAAACAUUUGCACACAUCUUUAAACCAAACUAUUGAUACAUUGUACAUAUCUAUUUUUAAGCAUUCCCAAGAAUAUUUCUUUAUCUAGCUUCCAAAGUGUACAUGUUGCAAAUAUAAUACUUGCAUCUGUUAUCUCUUAUUAAUUUAUUACCACAUGUGCAAAAACUGCAUUAAAAAAAAGGGGCUAGUGUAGGAUUAUAUAACAUCAGGACUAAUUGAUAUUCCUGAAUUGCUGGAUAAUAUAGUGUAUCACAUUGGACUUUCCCCCCUAUCUGUAGCUGAGUCAAUUUAUGUAAAAAUUAUUUAAGUUGCUCUGUUUGGCUCUGAAUCUAUCCAGUGUGUAGUAAGACCAGGAAACCUGGGUUCAAAUUCUCACUCAGCCAUGAAGCUUGUCCAAUUCUUGUGCAAAGCAUUUUCUCUCAGCCUAACCUACCUCACAGGAUUGUUGUGAGAAUAAAAUGUACACAGAGCGCUGGAGGGGGAAGCACAGCGGGUGUGUGUGUGUGUGUAAGUGCACCCCCGCCCCCAUGUUCAAACCGGUUUGAACGCGGGUGUUCUGAACCUGUUUGGUGUUCUAAGAAUAGAAUGCUGAACAGGUUCAUGCACAUCCCUAAUCUGGAUCCAAGUUCUCUUUUAAAAUGAAAGUAAGCCUGUAAGUCAUUCAUGCAAAAACGUGUACAUGUUUUCAGACACCUGAAUGCAUGUACAUUGUAAUGUCUGAAUAUAUACACUCAAACAGGAAAAACACACACUAGUUUUAAGUUUUAAGCAUCAGUCACUGCUCACCCAUAAGCUGAUUGCUUAUAGUAGUUUACAUCAGCACAGAUAUUGCCACUGGUCUUGUUUGGCUUGUUAUUUCCAAAACCUUGGGUAAGAAUCAAUCAAUCAAUCAAUCAAUCAAUCAAGUCAAUAUUAUUAUGGUCUCUGACCAGUAGAAAUACAUACUGAACAAGGUGUAUACAUAAAAAUGAAAAAUAUAUAAAAUAUUGAGAAUAAAACAAAAUAUACUUGGGUAAGAAAGUUACCUUACUUUGAGAGUAGAUAUUUUUGGAAAUAAGCCAUACAAGACCAAUGGCAGUAUCUGUGCUAAUGUAAACUACUAGAAGUAAUCAGUGUGAGUGACCAGUGACUGAUGCUUUUUGGGCCACAGUAGCAACAGCCCCCCACCAGCCAUGUGCUAGUAAAUACUUCUUGCUGGUGAUGCUGCACCCUCUUCUUCACUUUUUGGUUACUGUGUGAAGCCCUGUCUGAAAGUGUCCGCAUUUGUGCAGCAUAAAUCAGAAUAAAACUAUACUCAGGAAAGACCAUAUGGUAUGGUGUGCCUUUAGACUUCAUGGCUGACAUACUGCACAACGUUUCAUGCACAUUUUAACAAAAUGUGUGUGCAAUUGCACAACCACAAAAAUUGCGUGAUGGUGCAGCCAUUGGAAAUAAUGCUCGUACCAUUGUGCAACUGCGUUUGUGCCGUUUUUGCAGUUGCACAUCUGCGCACGUUUCAUUAAAAUGCACACAGAAUGUUGCACACUGUAUCACCAAGUAGAUAGCAGUUAGGGUUAUAAAAUGCUGACGGAGUUAGUGGGCUUUAUAGUACGUAUGUUCUGUCCAGCAGUUUCUGAUUCUGAAGGACUCCUCUACCAUUGAACGUAUCAAUAUUAAAUAUCAAAAGGUGAUUUUAAUUGCUAUUAGAUAUGUACUUUCAUUGCAAACAAAGUUCUUGUAUCAACACAAUCUGUUACUGGAGGAGAGUGCUCUGAAGAAUCCUGAAUCAUCAGCUUUUAGAUCAGCUAAUCAGUCAAAGAAGCUGCAGGGUGGUGGAACACUUUUUAAAAUUAUGAGUGGUGAUUUGAAGCUCUCAUUGUAUCGCAACAUGCUGAAAUAAAGUCACUCCAAUUCA